AUGCGUUACGUUGCCCCUUCUGUCUCUAGCCAGACCCUUUCUGCGAGCCAAAAAGCCAGAUCCCACGCACGAGACUCACGCCGUGAAGGCCUUGCCAGAAUCCCAGAAGACCAAUCCAAUCCAAAAGGCGUCCUUGCUUCUGUCGUCUCCAGUCGUCGUUUGCGUGCUCAGGCCACCAGCGUGGACUUGUUGGGGAUAGGUCCUACUGCCACCAACGUUCCGCGAAAGCGCACCACCACUGCUCACUUGAUGAACGACUCCGUGCCAUUCGGGAAGGUUUCGUUCUGCGAGUGGUACGAGACGUUGACACUUGAAAAGCGCAGGACGCUCAUUAUGACCAUGAUCGAGGUGUGCAAGGAACGCGGAAAGCCCUCUGUUUCCAACGGCAGAGGCCAGACGUCCAGCAGCGAUUCUGCGCCUGUCGAUCCCAACGAGAUCGCAUUCCAGUGGCGUGUCGAAGGAGAUGGGGAGGACUUGGUCUUGCAGUUCUCCAAAUGGUAUAUCGCUCUCAACGAGGCCGAGCAGGACACAGCGUUAGCAUACUCUGGUCUUACAGACGGCGAGAAGGUUGAGGAUCUCCCAACGGAGGAAGAGGUGGAGAACGCGAACCAGAACGAACAGGUCGUCGUCCAACCACUCGGAAAGGUGCCCAGCUUUGUCGAGGGAAGUUCUAGCAGAUCCACACCUCGAGACUCAGCCACGGACCCAAAAAGCAUCGCAGCAAAGGGAAAGACGAGGCGACUUACCCGCGAGGCUUCAUCCGAAGUUUUCGCUUGGGCACAGUCUUUCGUUCAACACAAACCCCUCGUCCUCCCAAACAUUCCAAUUACGAAACCCACUCAUGCGCCAGCAGUCGCUCCAGAGAAGGACACUAUCACAGUUUCACAGUCGGAAUAUCCUAUGGUAGACUUCCCGUUGCCUAAACCUCCCAGGCGAGGCUAUCGAGCAAAGCUCACUCGGAACGGUACUCUUGUUCUGGAUCACCGGGGUAAGCCCAUAUUCGAGAAAAUCCCCGCAGACAUUCUCUACCCACAAAAAGGAAGAGCUCAGCCAAAUUAA